CACAGAAGCUAAUAACUGAACAUUGCUCGAAGGAAUUGUUCCGAGAAACACCAUGAAGCAGACAGUGAGGGAUAAUCACUAUUUAUUAUCAUUAUCAGAAUUAUCCCUUUGCGAUGGUCCAAAACUUGGCGCAUUUCAAUAUCGUGACGACCCAAUCGAGUGGCUAGAUUCGACAGGCGACCGCCCAGAGGCUGUCAACUCCAGUCGCCAGGGAUACGUUUUCAAGGUAAAGAUACGAUCAGAGAUCUAUGCCUCGAAAGUCUUCAAGUUCUUCGAUCCGUCGACUUACAGGUUCUACCUCGGCCCUACCAAGAAUCCUGUGUCCGAAGAUGAGCUAGCUUCCCAUACGGACCCGUUCCACGCGGAGUGUCGCAUGUGAGAAACAAGGCCUGAAUCACUCUGACUCCGCGGCGUGUCAUGGAUUCCUACAAGUAACGAGUAUCGUAGGAGAGCAGAGGGUAGCCCCGUACGAGCCAUACUAAAAGAUCUCAUCACAAGCGAUCCCACGGUCGACGAGAGGCUUCUGAGAAAGAUGCUAGGGGCAUCGAGU